AUGAAGUACAUCUUGGUGGCUGUUGACUACAUUUCUAAAUGUGUAGAGGCGGUGGCUUUACCUAAUAAUGAAGCCAAAAGUGUCAUGGGAUUCUUGAAAAAGAACAUAUUUACUUGUUUUGGUAUCUCAAGGGCGAUAAUCAGUGAUGGUGGUUCUCACUUUUGCAAUAGAGCCUUUGCGGGAUUGAUGGAGAAAUAUGGAGUCAAGCAUAGGGUGGAAACCCCUUAUCAUCCUCAGACAAGUGGGCAAGUUGAGGUCUCUAAUUGGGAGAUAAAGAGUAUUUUAGCAAAAACGGUGAAUGCGAAUAGAACUGAUUGGGCCCGCAAGUUCGAUGAUGCUCUAUGGGCUUACUGGACUCCCUUCAAAAUUUCGAUUGGGACUUCCCCUUUCAAGCUAGUUUUUGGUAAAGCAUGUCACCUGCCAGUUGAACUUGAACAUAAGUCUAUGUGGGCCUUGAAGAAAUUUAACAUGAAUUGGGAAGAAGCGACCAAACUCAGUUUGUUUCAACUCAAUGAGAUGGAUGAGUUCCGCUAUCAGGCCUAUGAAAGUGCAGCAUUAGACAAAGAGAGGAUGAAGCAGUAUCAUGACAAGAAAAUCUUGAAGUGGGAGUUUUACAAGGGUGAUCCUGUCCUGUUGUUUAACUCUAGAUUAAAACUUCUACCGGGAAAAUUAAAAUCGAGGUGGUAUGGUCCUUUUGAAGUGGUAAGUGUUUCACCGUAUGGAGCGAUUGAAUUAAAGUCCGAAGAUGGAACUCGGACAUUUAAGGUGAACGGGCAGAGGGUGAAGCACUACCAUGGUUGCAUUGAGGGGGAUAGAAUUGUCGAUCGGUACCGAUUGAAGCAUCUGGGAACAGAUCCUGAUCUAAACUAA